GGAGUAUCGGCAUCAGGGAAAAGCCAUAUUGGGAACUUAAUUUCACAAGGACUUGAUGCUCCUUUUAUUGAAGGAGACGACUUACAUCCGCCUUCAAACAUUCAAAAAAUGAAAUCAGGAAUUCCACUCGAUGAAGAAGAUCGAGUACCUUGGUUAAAUGCUGUCAAGAACGAAUUCAUUAAUAUAUCUAAAACUUCAUCUAAACCUUAUAUAUUUGUAGCGUGUUCAGCAUUAAAAUAUAAUUAUCGUGAAUUUUUAAGAAAUGUUCCUGAUAAUAAUGAUAUAAAAGUUUGGUUUUUAUAUUUGAAAGGAAGUAAAGAAUUAUUACAACAAAGAAUUAUAGAAAGGAAAGAUCAUUUUAUGAAAUUAAAUAUGUUAGAAUCACAAUUAAAUACUUUAGAAGAACCUAAUCCAGAUUCUGAGGAAAGAAUUAUUAUUAUCGAUAUUAGUAAAGAAGUCGAUAAAAUUAAAGAAGAAAUCCUUGAAAAAAUAUCAAUGAUAUGA